AUGGAGCAAGUCGAGCCUGUCGAGAUGCUGGAAUCACGCGUAAGCGAGGCUCUGCAGAACUUGGCCAAAGUUGCUGAGCAGCUUCGCAAGCAAGGCUACAACGGUGAAGCCAACCGAAUUGGCCAGUUGAGCAUUGAGUUGGUCACCAUUUUCAGCGCUGUAUCGCUCCAGCUCAAGGAAGCACAAAAGCAGCAAUUCUCGACCGCUUCGAAUGCUGGGCUUGGAUUCGGGAUUCUCCCAGUCCCUCAAGCGGCCCCUGUGGCUGCUGAGCAGACCGUUCAAGCACCUCCUCCCACAUUGGACUUUGGACAGCAAGUAUCACAGCGUCCCAUUGCCUCUGAGAAUACCUGGGCCCGGGUUGCUUCCGCAACCAAGGAUCAGUUGGUCGAGCGCGGCGUGUUCCGGGUCACCAGAGCUGCGAAACAGACUACUGGACCCUACCAGCCCAUUCGUGCUCAAAAUCGUGUCAAGGCGGCGGCAGUUAAGGAUGUUGUUGAACUGACGACAUCCAACACUAGCCGCCAAGAUGACAACAAGAACGGUCUCCUUGAGGACGGUAAAGCCGGGGUUGUCGUAUUGGAAGGACCGAAUAGAAGCAUCCCUCGAUUCUUGAGUUUUGUGGCCACACGCAUUCAUGAAGGUGCCAUUUAUGACUUGAGCGUAAUUGACGAUCACAAGGCAAUCGCCGUCUUUCAGUACGCUUUGCACGCUCAAAUCUUCGUUGACCGUAACACCGAGUCAAUGGCGACUCGCGGCGAAUCUAUCUUUGGCAAGGGGGAUUGGACUAUCAGUCUCGGCCAGCCGCUAGAAUGGACCGACACACUCAGGCGGAUGUGCCAUCCUUAUCGUGAACGGCGCCGUCUCACUUUUGUGAAGUCUCGACUCAUUGCAGACCAUGCAAGCUACCUGAAAUGGGUCCGCGAAGUGGAAGAUGUUGCAGGCGCCGGCAAUGUCGACUUUGUAUGGGCAUUCAACACUGGAAACGCUACGGCAGUCUUCUUCAGCGUUGCAGUCGCUCGCAAAGUGAUGCAGACUUUCACGAACUGGCGCUCCAACCGCGGCUGCUAUGAAGAUCUGACGGUGACAUACUCGUCCGACCCGUGCGAGAAGGAACUUCAGUUGACCACGCAGCUUCGAUACCAUGUACAGCCGCCGCACCGCCAGUUCGAGCAGUUGGGGCCAUCUGGGGCAUGGGAGCGCUAG